CAAAAUACAAAAAAAAAUUCCCCACUUCAGAUUCACAAUUCUCUCUCUCUCUCUCUCUCUCUCUCUCAUCAUCAACAAGAAUCAUACAAGAAAUCCACAAACCAAAAACCCUCACAAACAAAAUCAAACUAACAAUUUUCUCUGAUCUUCAAGAAUUGCUUAAACCCUUCACUCAACAAUGAGUAUUCUUCAAUACCCAGAUGCCAUUAACGCCCCAGAUCUCCAGGUUUGGAACAAUGCCGCCUUUGACAACGAAGAAUCCGAAGGCUCUGCGGCCUUUAAAACUUCUUGGUCCAAUCUUCACUCUGUCAAUCUGUCCGAAUCGUUUGAAUCCGAUUGCAGCAAAGAAAAUCUUAGCCCUCUUGUGGUUAAAACCCCUGCCCCUGUGAAAUCUUCGGUGCCCAUUAGGCCUCUUUGCCCGAAUAGCCUUGUCGUAAACUCACAAGGGAAGCCAUUCAAGGUUCUUGUGAAGGAGGGCCUUCUUGAAACCCCAGUGGUACCAAAGAAGGAGCAUGAAAAAAGAGAAGAAAAAGAUGAUAGGGUCUCCGAUGAAAGAAAGAUUGAUUUGGAAAUUGAGGAAAUUCAGAAGGAGAUUUCUCGGUUAUCUUUGAGACUUGAAGCGCUUCGGCUGGAAAAGGCUGAGAGAAAUGCGAUGAAGACGGUUGAAAGGCGUGGAAAGAUUGUGCAAGCGAAGUUUAUGGAGCCGAAACAGAGUGGGAAGAAUUUGGAUUUGAUGAAAAAGAUUGAAGAACCUUUACCCUCAAGCGUGAAAUCAAAGAUAAUCAGAAGGGGUAUGAGUUUAGGGCCUUCUGAAAUACUUGCCGGAGCCAGAGCUCGGCAGAAGCCGGAGAGCACGCCGGUCCAGUCGAUACAGAAUCGCCGCAAAUCGUGCUUUUGGAAGCUUCAAAAUAUAGAUGAGUUGAAGGUGACAAAAGAAAGGGGUAAAAGUCUGAGUCUUAGCCCGAAAUCGCGCAAAACUGUGUCAAAGAUUCAGGCUCCUAAGCAAGCCGCCACGACAAUGACGUCUAAAAGGCCUGUGAAGAAAGAAGAUGGGGUUAUUGCAUCAAUUCAGCCAAAGAAGUUGUUUAAAGAUGGAGAAAAGUCGGUGAAGAAGCCAGUGAAGCCAGGCCGGGUUGUGGCUAGCAGGUAUAAUCAGAUUGCUAAUCAGAGUAAUGGGAAUUUGAGAUUGAGUGAUGGUAGGAAGCGGUCUCUACCGGAGAAUGAUAAGGAUGAUGGGAAGAGGUGUGACAAAAGGCGAGCUUCAUCAGUGGGAAAAUCGCGUGGGAAUCAAGGGACUGAGAGCCGGGUGAAGAAGCGGUGGGAGAUUCCCAGUGAGGUAAUGGUGUACAAGGGUGAGGAGGAUGGUAAUGCAGUGUCAAUUUCUGAGGUGGGUGGCGUGCUUCCAAAGAUUAGGACACUCCGGUGUGUGAAUGAGACUCCAAGGGACUCAGGGCCGGCGAAAAGAGUGGCUGAAUUGAUUGGAAGGAGGUCGUACUUUUGCAAUAAUGAGGAGGUGGAGCCUUCAGUUUGUCAGGCUUUGAGUUUUGCAGAAGGAGAUGCAGAGGAAAAAUGAAUUGAAUAAUAAGAAAGUAAGGACCGAGUGGAUUGUUAGUACUGAAAAUUUUAGCUUCAUUGUUGUGAGCCAUAACUCUUGUUAUGGGUUUAGCAAGCUUUUGUUUUUCUGUGAAUGGGUUGUAUUACUUCAUCUAUUAUGCAAUAAUGGGCUAAGCUUUUCUCUUGCUUGAUAAUGGUGGAACAUGUUUUGAAGUCAAUGAAAAUGAAUAGCAUGUUAUUUGAUA